AUGGCGACCGCCGCAGAUGUCGUCUACAUGGCCGAACCACCCAUCGGCGAGGCUCGAUUUGCAGCUAAGACCGUGGGCAUCGACUUGAUUAUCACUUCAAUGGUCAUGAGCCUUGCCUUCUUAGCUACAGGAAUGGAAAUGAUCGAUCUAGGCGUUACAUCACAUUUCUGGCAGGUGACUUACGCAGAUUAUAACCCCGGGUUUCUCAUUAUACGAGCUACUGAUGUUGUACUGGCGAAACUCUCCCUCUUGUUCCUCUACCUGCGGUUGUCUCCCGAUCGAAGCUCUCGAAUCAUCGUCACAAGUCUCAUCGGAAUUGUCAUCGCUUAUUCUGUGGCCUAUCAACUGCUGAGCAUCUUCGGUUGUCGUCCAAUCUACGCAUCAUGGGACACAGAGGCACUGCAGACUGCCCACUGCGUCGACAAAGAGACUAUUUGUAUGAUCCUCAGCAUCGCAGAAAUCAUUAUGGACGUCGUCAUACUUCUGCUUCCGCUGAAAAUUGUCAUUCCACUUCAAAUGGCUCGAAGGCAGAAGGUUUCUGUCAUUCUAAUGUUCGCCACUGGGAUAUUGUGA